CUUCUUUAUUUUUGAAUUAGUUUUAGCUAAAACCGAUUGGAAACUUAGAGACUCAACUGUAUGUUGUCUGCAUAUCAUUUUAUUUUCUCCUGUUCUCGCAUAUACAAAAAAUCCAAACAGAAAGUUAGCAGAUUGCUUCCCAACUAAAACUUUGAUCAACUUAGAUUCUUCUGAAGAUGUAGAAUAUGUGUUGAACGCAGAACGAAUUCCUCGGCGGAAACUAAGUUCAACUUCAUCAUCCACAAAUGUUUAUUAUUUUUUGGUCAAAAAAGCUUUUAUUCGGGUGCGGCUUCUUUUCG